GCAGCACCAAAAACAAGAGUUACUACCUCCCUGCUGUCUCUCAGACCAUGUGACUUCCUUUCAGCUUCUGCUCUUCUUUCGGCUACUCAGUCACCAGCCGCAGCUCUACCUUCCUCUGUUUUCUCUCACCUCAAAAAGACAGUUAGGGACCAGACAAUCCUAAAUAUCAGAGGAGUUUGUAGAGAAGGUUCUUUUCUGAGGUCCAGUGAACAAGGGACCAAAGACAAUGCUGCGCAGAAGGCCUUCAAAUGCAUCUGAGAAGGAGCAGGUGCAAAAGAAGAAGCUCACGUUACAAAGAUCAAGCAGCUUCAAGGAUUUUAUGAAGCACAAACCCACAUCCCCUGUGGCUUUGGACAAAGAAUUCACUUUGGAGGAGUCGGUGGCAGAAGGAGCGCAGACAGAAGAUGUGGGGAAAAGCGGCAUCAAACUGGGCAAAAAAUGGCGCAACGUCAUUUCACGCACCAUGACCCGCAAAACGUCCAAAAUGGUGCAGAAGGCCCUGGCAGAGGAAGGAACUGACAGCUGUGAGGACCUGUCCCCAGUCUCUCCAGACUUUGUCCCAGACCUGAGUUUGGGACAGAGGACGUCCGUGUGCUCCACAGGAUCAGAGGACACUGUACCCAGCCCCACUAGGCAGCUAUCCGCCAACUGUGACAGGCAGAGCUUGGACAGUGGCUACAGUCAGAGGGACAGUGUGAGACUGGAGGAGAGCUCUUAUAAUGGGCCGUUCUGUGGAAGCGCUGUAGUGCACACUGACUUUAUCCCAAGCCCCUAUGACGUGGAGUCACUCAAACUACAGAAAGGCGAUAUAAUCCACAUAAUAGAGAAGCCCCCAGUGGGGACGUGGACGGGAAAGCUGAACAACAAAGUGGGAUCCUUUAAGUUCAUCUACGUCAACCUACUGCCAGAUGAGAGCCCCUCCACCAAACGACGACAGCGCAACUGCAAGAAAACCAAGAGCAAAGCCAAACCCAGGACUCUGGAAGAAAUACUGGACAACAUCGGACUCAUUGAGCUGAGUGGUCUGCUGUCGAUGCACGGCUUCCAAAGCCUGGAGGACUUCACAGGUCUGAAAGAGUCACAUCUCAAUGAGCUCAACAUAACUGACCCAGAGCAGCGCUGCAAGAUCCUCAACGCCACAGAGCUCUGCAGAGACUCUGAUGAAGAGUCAACGGAGGAGGAAGAAGAAUCUGUGAAGGAAACAAAGGAGCCCAGAGAUUCAGGUUGUUUCGAGAGCUCUGAAAACUUGGACAAACCCAAAACAAACCCACAAGAAACAACAGAAGACUCCAUAGACCAGGAGAAAGACCUGCCAGAACCAGAACAGGAAGCCCCCACAGAGCAAGAGGGGACCGCCAUAGAGGGACAGAUGAAGGAACUGACCUUAAAUGAAGACUCAGAUCUGAACUAAUUAAUGAACUUAAUAAUGGUAGACUGAAAGAAAGGCUCUAACAAACUGAUACCUAACAUUUUUUAGUUGGCUCAAAUAAAAAUGGAACUAGGAAUUACAGCAUUAAGUCUGUAGAAAUGUGCAUUAGAAAAGAGAGCCAUGUGUGUCUUUACUUGACUAUCAGUUAAAUAUAUGUGUUUUUGCCAGUGGUGGAAGAAGUACUCAAUUUUGUUACUUAAGUACAGAUACCGUAGCAAAGAAAUACUCAAUUGAAAGUAAAAGUAUGAAAUGAAAAAUAUCUACUUAAGUAAAACUUUUAAAGUACCUAUUUAAAAUUGAUUUAAGAGUAAAAACUAAAAACAUUUUGCACAGAUUUUGAGACGUAUUAAAUCUUCAGAUGUAUUAAUUUUCAUAAAGAUUUGUGUUGAAUUUUGUUCAACUGGAACAAUUUAAUAAUUUCUUUGCUCAAAUUAUGAAGUUGAUCAAAAUAAGCCUUCAGCCUUUUCAGCAGGUCUCAAAUUAUGAUUAAAAUAUCCUCUUACUUUUCAGUCCUGUUCAAAAAUGUAGUGGAGUAGAAAACACAGAUACCUCUCAAAUGUAGUAAAAUAAAAGUAAAAAUUAUCCACUUUAAAUUUUACUUAAGCAAACUACAGAUACCUAAAAAAAAAGUACAGUACUUUUACUUUGUUACAUUCUAUCACUGGUUUUUGCCUGUGUUAAUAUUAAAGGAGGAAGAAUAACUCAGACCAAACCCAUGAACAUAAUUUUGGGACUGGUUGUGUUAGGAGAGGCCUGGUUAUUUAACAUGCAUAGCCACUGUCAGGCCACACCUUACCAUUGUACCUGUUUUUACUCAAGGAUGAAUGUUUUGCUUAUCUUUUUGACCAACAUGUAGCAAGGAUAAAUGACAACGAAUUGUCUUGUACUUUGUAAUGUGUCAUUUCGGUGUCAUAACUUGCAUCAGAAGGGAGCUGAUGAAACAACGCUGUAAAUAGCAUCAUGUUUUAGUAACUGAAGGCAAAUGGAUUCUUGUCUUUUGAAUCCUUGCCUUGUUUUUUAAUAAAUGAAAAGAUUCUGAAA